CGAGACGUGAGAGAGUUUACGUACGCUGAUAACACGAGGCCAACGGCGAUCAAGACAGACAUCAAAAUCAAUGUGGCCGCCGUACGCCCACAUUUCGAUCGGCAGCUUCUGGAGCCAAACAUGGCCGAUUCACCGAAGGUGAGCCGGUCCUGUGCGAGAGAAGACCUUGCGGUGGAUCGGUUUGGUCUGGCCUAGAGCGGAUGCUUUUAUAUUUGAUGGGAAAACCGCCUGGACUUCAGUCCAGUACGGUCUGCGGGCUUCCGCAUGGCUCGACCGCAGCGGUUCACCCACAGUGGAUGAACCGUUCGGCAUACCUUGUCCCACACGAACCGCUCACACGGCCGGCGACGGCGGUCGGACAACAUGGUGAGCUGCAUUAUUUCUGGAAAAUAUUCUCAUAUGCAUUUCCUCCCUUUCCCAGGCUCAUCUGGAGGGACUUCUUGUCUCCAGAUGCACAUAAGGCUUCGCCUCCCGUCCUCCCACUCCCCCGUCCCUGCCGACCUUCAUCGCACAUUCUGGCUGGCCUUGCUCUUUUCACCAGACCUUCGUUCUCUUGACUGCUCAAGCGCGACUCACCUCGACCGUGGAACUCUAAAACUCGAAGGCAUGGUCAGACCA